CUGUCUCUGGCCUUCCCUUUGUUCUAUCACAGCCGCUCUCCGGCCCGACGCUGCACGGACUUUUACUCCUACGCCGUCUCCUCCCCCUUUGCCACUUUUGGGGACCUCAACUCCUCAAGGCCGCCUCUCAAAUCCAGAGGAAAAGUAGAGAAGCUCUCCGUCCAGCCCAAGAAAAGGUUUCCCUUCCACCUCCCCCACCUCCUCCUCAAUCUCGCCAUUUUCCCACCCCGCGAGGCCGGUUCCUGGAUCCUAGAUUCGGCUACUCGGGCAGGGAGCGGAAAGAUUGGAUAUUUAUUUAUAUUUUAUAAGGAGGGAGGGCGGGUUGAUGGGGGCGUCGCUGCCGUCGCCUGAUCUGUCGAUGUCCGGCUGGUGGACUGGCUCCUGUACAGGUCCUGAUCCGUAUUGGUGCCAGUGAUCUCGGCGUGUUCGGCUGCUCGUGCCCGCGGAGCCAGGGUUUCUUGGCCGGCCGGCCGGCUGGGUUCGGCUGAUUGGAGAUCUUGUGCUGCUGGGUUAGUUCAGGGGCUGAGGAUCUGCCUAGAUCCCUCUUCGUUCCUGCUGCUGAUUUCUGGAGGUGUGAAAUUGCUAGGGUUUUGGGGGUGCUGAUAGGUUGGCUGCGGUAAGAAGAUGAUCAAGCAGAUCCUUGGCAGGCUGCCGAAGAAGACAGGGAAGGCCGGCGACGGCCGGGAUGCUGCUACGGGCAACGGCAACGAGCCGUCCAACUCUUACAGUGUUGCGAGGAGCGUAGAGCCUGGAGGGAACAAGAGGGCAGGAAAUGGGGAGCACCUGGCACCGGCUGGCUCAGGCUCUGGUCCGGCGGUGAAUGGGACUGUGGUGUAUCACUCCAAUGAGCCGCUGCCAGCGUUCAAGGACGUGCCGGUCUCGGAGAAGCAGAACUUGUUUGUCAGGAAGGCCACUCUGUGCUGUGCUGUGUACGAUUUCGCGGAUCCGACGAAGAACCUCAAGGAGAAAGAGAUGAAGCGGCAGACACUUAUGGAGCUCGUUGACUAUGUCACUUCUGCGAACGGCAAGUUCUCGGAAGUCAUCAUGCUUGAGAUCAGCAAGAUGGUGGCCAUUAACCUGUUCCGGAGCUCCAACCCCACCCCACGUGACAACAAGGCCAUAGAAGGAGUUGACAUGGAGGAAGAGGAGCCUCUCAUGGACCCGGCGUGGUCGCACUUGCAGAUCGUUUACGAGGUUUUCUUGAGAUUUGUAGCGUCCCAGGAGACUGACGCAAAGCUGGCCAAGAGAUACAUUGACCACUCCUUCAUUCUCAGGCUGCUGGAUCUUUUUGACUCGGAAGACCAUAGGGAAAGGGACUAUCUGAAGACCAUACUCCAUCGAAUAUAUGGCAAGUUCAUGGUGCAUCGCCCAUUCAUCAGGAAAGCAAUCAACAACAUCUUCUACAGGUUUAUAUUCGAGACAGAGAAGCACAAUGGUGUUGCAGAGCUGCUGGAGAUCUUGGGCAGUAUAAUCAAUGGUUUUGCCCUGCCACUCAAAGAAGAGCACAAAUUGUUCCUUCUUCGUGUGCUCGUCCCACUUCAUAAGCCCAAGUCUGUAGCAGCGUACCAUCAGCAGCUAUCAUAUUGCAUCACACAGUUUGUCGAGAAGGACUGCAAACUUGCUGACACUGUUAUUAGAGGUUUGCUCAAGUAUUGGCCUAUAACAAACAGCACAAAGGAGGUGAUGUUCCUGGGCGAGCUAGAAGAGGUUUUAGAGGCAACACAGCUUGCAGAGUUCCAAAGAUGCAUGGUUCCGCUCUUCCGUCAGAUUGCCCAUAGCAUGAACAGCUCACACUUUCAGGUGGCAGAGCGGGCACUGUUUCUAUGGAACAACGACCACAUUGAGAACUUAAUCAAGCAGAAUUACAAGGUGCUACUACCCAUCAUCUUUCCCGCACUUGAGAGAAAUGCCCGGGGUCACUGGAACCAAGCUGUUAGGAGCCUGACAUUGAAUGUGCGCAAGCUAUUCUCUGAUCAUGAUUCUGCAUUUUUCGGAGAGUGCAUGCAGAAGUUCGAUGACGAUGAGCUCAGGCAGGAGGAAUCCACUUCGAAGCGAGAAGCCCUCUGGAAGCGCUUGGAGGAAAUGGGUGGUAUACCCAACGGCAAAUCCAGUCAAUAGAAUACCCCAUAGCAACCGCAAUCGUGCAAUCCUUUGAACCAUGCGCGAUUCUCUGGAACUUGGGCUGUGGUUGUAGUGUUGAAUUUUCUUUUCUUUUUGGUUGGUGAGUUGGCUUCCCCCUGUUCUAGGUGGGUGGGGUUGUAUUUGGUUUCGUGAGGAUCAAAGGGAAACAUACAGGAGAAUUUCUGCGAGAUUUGACAUAUGUAGUGUCAUGAAUCAGGAUUUCGUAUAGACCAAUAAACAGCGUCAGGUUUUAUUGAGGAUAUGAUGUUGGGUGGUUUACUUGAAUGGCAAAUGAUCAUUUUGUUGUC